GCUCCUGAUGGCAAGUUAGCGCCUUGCAUGGCAGCUCUGCUACCAAUGGUGUGCGAGUGUGUGAAUGGGUGAAUGAGACACAGUGUAAAGUGUUUUGGAACCACUAAGGUUAAAAAAGAGCUAUAUAAGUGCAGACCAGUUACCAUCCAAACCAAGAAUUCCUAACUAUACAAAUUUCAAAGUUGAAAUGAUGAGAAACAUGGUAGCGUCUGUCCUCCUAUACUGAUAGCCCAACUAUACGAUAUGGAACAUACUUGGAGACUAUUACACAAUUGAGAAAUAAAUCAGUUAGGGGGAAUUCCUGCCUACAAACCUUUUUUAAAUUCUCAUCCACAGGCUUUGUCGGCUUUGUCCUGUCUGAAUCCCGAAAGUACUAUUUGAUCCAUGAGAUGAAAACAUGGAAUGAUGCUCUGGCUUACUGCCGAGCCUCACACACCGACCUGGCUAUCAUCAAAAGCAGUGAUGACAUGGUCCGACUUCAAAAUGAAGCACAGAGGCAACGUUUCAGUUCCGAAGCUUGGAUUGGCCUGUACAAUGACAUCAACAGCUGGCGCUGGUCCUUUGACAACGAGCCACUGGGAUUUGAAGAUUGGGAUUCGUUCUUCCAACAGCCUAACAACAGAGACGGACAUGAAGAAUGUGUUGCGGCUUUCUGGCACGGUGGUUGGUACGAUGCACCAUGUGACACUGUAAUGCCCUUCGUGUGCUUUGAUGCCAGGAACUUUGCUGCUUCCCGGUACAUUUACAUCUCUAAACCUCCGAUGAACUGGUCUGAUGCUCAGAGUUACUGUAGACAGCAUUACACAGACCUCGCCAUCAUCAAAAACUCCAUUGAAAGUGUAGCUUUUCAGAACAUUUUGACUACUUCUGCUUGGUUAGGCCUGUUCCGAGACUCCUGGAAGUGGAUAAAUGAGACCAACAUGUCCACUGUUAUGUGGGCGCCUGGGCAACCUGAUAAUAGGAAUGACCAUGAAGACUGUGGGUUUGUAACUAACGGCCAGGCAGCUGAUGCGCCGUGCUCAGACACCAAGCCUUUCUUCUGUUACUCAGGUGAGUUAAAGUUAUAUUUGGUCUCAUAUAGCCUACCGACCAGCUUAAAACUACUUUUUAAAUGUAAGCUAUAUUUGUUGUAUGUAUGUGUUUCUGGAUCCAGAUAUCACGGGAAGAAAACAAACCAUAAGAGUGAAGAUCCAGUCCAAACAGGAUGUAAACGAUCCUGCGUUCAAGGCGGCCAUCUUAGAGAAAAUCAAGGAGAAACUGAUGGAUCAUGGGAUGCCAGAGAACACCACAGUGAAUUGGUUAAAGCAGCCUGGCGGUGUGGUGUUUCACAAGGAAGAAUAUAAUAAUAAUAUUAAUAAUAAUAAUGACACAGAAAAGAAGACUAAGGAAUCAUCUGACCUCUAAGUCUUUAGUCAUGUGUCAUUGCUUACUUAUGUCAUGUGCUAGUAACUCAAUAAAAAAAAAAAAGAAUGAAAGAAAUCAGCUGUGUCUAAUUCAGCAGUACGAGAGCACAUAUUGCACUCAUUUUCAAGUCUUUACAGGUACCUGUUAGUUUCCUUAUGAUUUCGAAUCCUUUGAUUAGUUUGCUUAUCGUUAUAUGUGGUGGGGAAAGCUCUGUAGGUGUGUGGUCCAGCCCCUCAGAUCUGCUCAGAGGAACUUCUUCUGGAAGUGUUCCACAAAGUACAGUACGUAAAAUGAGAACUUUUGGUGAAGCAGCAUUCAGGUGUUGUGCAUCCAGGGUUUGAAACAAUCUGAGGGCAGGUGAAAAUCUUGAUAUUUCUAAAUGUACAAUCAAACCUUUCAUGUUUCACUCUAGAUGUAGUUAAUAUAGUUUUAAUUUAUAUUGCUUUUAUUAUAUUUUGUAGUCUUCCUGUUAAUUAUUAUAUUACAUUAUAGUUGUGUUUUUUUUUUUUAUUUUGCUUGUUUGAUGUAUAUAUUUACAUUUAUUUAAGGUUAUAUUAGUCUUCGUCAUCUGAUUUUUCUGUUCUUUUUUCAUCAUUUUAUUACAUAUCAAUUAUGAUAACUUUUUUCAGUUGGAUCCUUUUAUAUUCUUUUAUUUUCCCAUUUUCCUAUUCUUAUUUAUUACGAUUAUUAUUAUUAUUAUUAUUAUUAUUAUUAUUAUUAUUAUUAUACACAGACUUGUAUGUGCAUUAGUCUCAGUGGUGUACAUGGUCAAUAAAUAAAAGAAAUGUUUGAUUGAUUGGUUGAUUGAUUGAUUUUUUUUUUUUUUUAAGUAGGAAGGUUCUAUGUGGGACUGAACACAGCUUAAAUUCUUGUCACAGUUUUUAACAGAUAUUUCCCAUUUUCCUAUUAAAAUGACCUCUAAAAGAAAAACCAAUGAUAUCACAAAAUUAGCAUGUCUGAGUUUGUUACUUUGUUACAGUAAAAUUACAGAAUUGUCUGGUUAGAACCUUUUAAUCCCAUGGUCUUGAAAUGAAUAUUAUAUAAGGUAAUACCAAAUGAAAGCAAAUGAAUAAUUAUAGAAGAUGUGCUCGUGUUCAAACAUCCAAACACCAGAUCUGCCCAGAAAACGUUGCACAUGAGAACAUGGGCUACUGGUAAAGUACGCUGUAGCUAGUGAACCUGGUGGGAAGUUAAAAAUGCUAAUGAUAUAAAACAUUAAAUUCCUGAUGUAUAAAACUGUCUGUGCACAAAAAAAAAACCUGGCAUAUGAACCAACA